GCCGCGCAGGCACGCACGCAUGCAUGCCCGCACGUGCGCCGGUGGACGACGGGACAUUGAGGAAGAGAUUGAACUGAUAGAUAUCAUGAGCGUGCUGCUAGUGGAGGCGUUCUACGGCGGCUCUCACAAGCAGCUGAUAGACCUUCUUCAGGAAAACAUAGACGACUGUGUGGUUUGCACUCUACCUGCAAAGAAAUGGCACUGGAGAGCCAGAACAGCAGCACUGCAUUUUAUGCAGGCUAUACCAAGCAGCCAGUCGUACAGGGUUUUGUUAACGAGCUCCGUGCUUAACCUCGCCGAACUGGUGGCCCUGCGGCCGGACCUCGCCACUCUGAAGAAGAUCCUCUACUUUCACGAAAACCAGUUGAUUUAUCCAGUCCAGAAAAGCCAAGAGCGAGACUUCCAGUAUGGCUACAACCAGAUCCUUUCAUGCUUGGUGGCAGACGCGGUCCUGUUCAACUCGGCGUUCAACAUGAACUCGUUCCUGUCCUCCAUCUCCGGCUUCUUGAAGACAAUGCCCGAUCAUCGACCCAAAGGCCUGGAGCAGCUCAUCCGGCCCAAAUGCAGCGUCCUUUACUUUCCCAUCCGCCUCCCUGAAGUCACAAGAUUUCUGCCUGAACACAAGCUCCUGCUAAGGCAAACCCAGUCUGAGCGUAAUAGCAGCUCGCAAGAUUCCCAAAAGCAUCCUGAAACAGCAGCAGCUAGCUCCACGACAUGUGAAAAUGAGAAGGAACAAAGGAACGAGUGUGAUGCAGAAGAGCUGGCGCCUCGACUAGCGUCCAAGCAGUGUUCUGAUCCAGAAAGAGGAAUGCUGCGGCCCCUGCACAUCGUCUGGCCCCACCGUUGGGAACAUGACAAAGACCCCGAGCUGUUUUUCAAGACCUUGCUAAAGCUGGCAGAGCGAGAGCUGAGCUUUGAAGUGUCCGUCCUCGGGGAAACCUUUACCGAUGUACCAGACAUCUUUGCCGAGGCUAAAGAACGCUUGGAUCGCCACAUCCGCCACUGGGGUUUCAUGCCCAGUAAGGAGGACUACCUCAGAACGCUGUGCCAAGCAGAUGUUGUCGUUUCCACGGCCAAGCACGAGUUCUUCGGCGUGGCCAUGUUGGAAGCAGUGCAUUGUGGUUGCUACCCACUGUGUCCAAAGGCUCUUGUCUACCCAGAAAUAUUCCCUGGUUCAUAUCUGUACUCAACACCUGAGCAACUGUUUAAGAGACUUCAGGGUUUCUGUAAGCAUCCUCAUUUAGUGAGACAUCAUGUCAUUCAGGUGAACGCUGGAAGGUUUUCCUGGGACGCUUUGGGACAGGAGUACAGAUCUCUGCUGGCGACAGGUUCCAGGAACACGUCAUGACAGAUGUGCGCAUGUUGUAUUAAAGUACAACACGAGCGUUACUCAGACACGCAUCAAAACACUUCAAUUAAGUGAAGUAACCUGGAAGGACUAAUUUAGAGGCACUUUAUCAGCAAAAUCCUAUAUUUCCGAGUUUUAAACAAUGAUUCCACUUGUUUCUGUUAUUAAACUUGAGUCUUAUCCAUCAUGCUAGCAU